UAAGGCAUUUUGUUAACUAGCCCGCUAGUUAAUUGCACCGACGUUGCAGCCUCCACUCCACCCAGGGGCGUAAUCAUUACGUCGAAGACGUUUACUCCAAACGGAAAACGCAAACGAGAGUUUGUAUUUGACAAAUUCAAGAAGAGUCAUCCUCAUUUCGUUAUGUUUGGUUCUUAAAGAUGCACUAUGCAGAAAUCUCUCCGCCAUUUCCUGGUUGUUAAAAUUCUGAUAGUUCGCCUAAUUUAUAGUUUGUGACUAGACAAGCAAGUAUAGUGUAGAGAAUCAUUGUUCCAUCUAAACCGCUGUGAAAUAUUUUCCAUAACCAAAAAUAUUGUAUUUGCAGCGGUUUGUUGCUGGUGUAUAAAAGUAAAAGAGUCAAAAACGAAACUUAAGCACGGGAAACAUAGAAAUAGCUCACAUAAAACAUCUACGGCUUCUUAGGCUUGCUUUCAAUGAGAAUGACCGAUCAAUGAGAAUGGUAGAUCAGUAGCCCAUGCCUUUACAGCUGAAUGAAGACUGUUUUAGGUAUGACCCGGUCCACGGGGAGACCAGUGUAUUGCCGGCUGCAUACAAUGCUUUUGGAUGGUAAGACGAAACCAUCAGUAUCGCCAUCUGACGGCCUUUGGGCUACAUUCUAAACUGAAGACCAUGAUUAGUUGAUUAUUGGAGUCAGGUUUGUUAGUAGGGGCUGGGAUCAAGUUUCGUAAUGAUUAGGUUGAUAUAAGUAGGACACGUGACAUCCCGGCAACUUUGAGCUGUGCCUGGUGAUCACUAGUUGCCACAGUCAUAAUCCCUGCCUAUUUCUACAAUUUAUCUUCUUGUGAUUUUAAAAGUCCUAACCUUAACUACACGGUGAACCUUAUGCCUAACCUUAAAUUAAAAGCACCAUUUUGUUUUCAUACAUUUUUAUGAUUUUGCCAAUUUAGACUUUGUGGCUGGGGUAACUAGUGGAAACCGUUAUGCCUGUGAACAAGAGGCACGUCUGCCCUUUCAUUGGCUAGAAUGGUCCCACCUGAUUUUGCCUCCUCCAGAAUGCCUUCCAUUUUUUAUGAUAUUUAUUUUCGUUGUUACAGCGGCCACUAGAGUAUCUGGUCAAUAUAAUAGAUAAUCUGUGCCAUCCCUUAGCCCAGGCCCAGCAUUAUGUGCAGGCCUUAGGGGGCCUGGCCCACCCUACCGUACCUCCUUGCCCAUCCAAAUAAAAUAUUUAAAUAUUGAUAAUUUAUUUGACCAAGACGUGCCUAGAGAAAGACUCAUCAACCUCAGAUAAAUCAUCUGAGCGUGUGAAACGGCGCCCCUCUGUCUCAGUAUGUGUAGCCCAUGUAUCUGAUGCUGUCUGGACAAGAAGUAUGGCAUGUCAUACUCUUUUUGACCAGACAACAUCAGAUACAUGGGCUACAUAGUAAGACGGUGCUUUUUCAAUCGCUCUGAUGCUUUCUCGGGUGAAAUGGUAGUUUCAGCCACUUGCGAAUUGAAGGGAAGUUGACGGGUGCACUGUUCGGAUGCUGGAAUUAUUUUUGGACGAACGUGCAAAGGUAACCUACUUGAAGUGUAUUGUUUGACAAUCAGAUGAAAGCAAGACUGGAUGUGUUCAUGCUACAUUAAAAGUUGACCCAGUUGACCUCUUUCAUGGAGAUACUGGCAAAGGAGGCUGUGGACAAAAUCUGCAAGCUAUUCAACGAGUGCUCCUCCGUUCUGCAUCUGGAAGUGUCUCAGAGUCAAACUGAGAAUGAGGACUUGAAGAAGAGGCUGGACGCAGUUGAGACCGAACUGAGGACUGUCUUAGAAGGGAGUGGAGGACAAGAGAACACAUCAGCCAAUGGCUGCUGCAGUGAAGUCAAGAUCACCCACCAGUUAAAAGGCACACAACCAGGCUUCUGCUCUGGUGAUGCAGAAGUGAAACGAUCCCCCAUCCUCCACCUGUGGAAAGGGAGAAUUCCCUCAACUGUAAACGAGCACUCGAACAUGGAGGACACGAUCCAGUCAGUUAUUAUCAAAGAAGAAAGGUUCGAAGAUUACCUGUACAACAGCACCUCAGACCCAAGUCCUUUUAUAGAGAGCCAAUCCCAGGAGUUGAGUGACCCAGAGAACCCCUCAGAGGAGCCAAAGGACAAAGACUGCGCCGCGGGGCCAAAGCAUUUGAGAAAGCCAAAGAUCACUGGGGCUCGUCAGGCAAGGCCCAAAAAGGAGAACCACCUUAGCUGCAAACACUGCAGGAAGACAUUCAGCAAACUGAUCCAGCUGAAAGCUCACCAGGCGAUCCAUGCAGCAGCGGAGAAACCUUUUAUCUGCAAGCAGUGUGGUAGAGGUUUUUCCUUUAAACGCAGUUUGGAUGCACACCAGCUGCUUCACACAGGAGAGCGACCACACACCUGUGGCGAUUGUGGUAAAGCUUUCACCCUAAAGCAGCUGCUCAAGAAUCACCAGAGACUCCAUGCAGGGUUGAGACCGUUCCGCUGUGACGAAUGUGGCAAGAGCUUUAACCGGGCCCACGGUCUCAAGAUGCACCAGAUUGUCCACACGGGAGAGAGGAAAUACAACUGUGAGAUCUGCAAGAAGAGUUUCAGUAUACCAGGAAAUCUCCACAGGCACCAGCGUAUACACACUGGUGAGAAACCGUUCCGUUGCGAUACGUGCGGCAAAAGCUUCAACCAAGCAGACACUCUGAAAGGACACCAGCGGAUCCACACAGGAGAGAGGCCAUUUACCUGUGAGACGUGCGGGAAGUGUUUCAUUCAAAGAAGUGCACUGAAAAUGCACCAAAGGACACAUGCAGGAGAGAGCGCCUUCCUCUGUGUGGUGUGUGGGACAGUCCUGGCUUGCGUCAACUCUCUCAAGACACACCUUCAGACUCACACAGCAGAGAUGCCUUGUAGGUGCUCAGUGUGCGGUAGUAGUCUCAGUUCACUCACUCAUCUCAAAUCGCACCAGCAACUCCACACUAUUGAGAAGCCGCACAGCUGUGGCCUAUGCAACAAGAGCUUCAAGACGGUCAGCUACCUGAACAUACACAUGAAAACUCACACUGGGGAGAGACCGUUCACCUGUGACGUGUGUGGAAGGAUGUUCACUCAACACAGCAGCCUGAAAACCCACCAGGUGGUCCAUACUGGGGAGAAACCUUUCAGCUGUGAAACGUGUGGGAAAUGUUUCAGCAACACUGGGAACCUCAACAGGCACCAGCGGAUACACACUGGAGAGAAGCCUUUUAGCUGUGACCUCUGUGGGAGGAGCUUCAACCAGGGCAACAGCCUCAAAGCCCACAAACAAAUCCACACAGGGGAGAAAUUGUACAUUUGUGACAAAUGCGGGAAGAGUUUUUCCUACCUGAGGAAUCUGAAAGAUCACAAGUGUUACUAUAUGUAAAACCGAUAGGCAUAGCCUCUUAUUGCGAUGGACCACACUUGGUUUGAACAAUUGUCUCGGCAUUAAAAAUGCAUUUAUAGGUCAUUGAGUGGCAUACUAACAUAUGAAGUGUACUCAUUCGAUUGAUUGCCAAGGAAACCUUUUUUGAAGUAUUUAAUUUUAAACUUGACUUGUUUUUUUGAAAUCAACUAUGAUUUUGGAAAAUGAAUAAACAGUUGCCUUUGUGGGGUAGAAAGACUUUGAGUGCAUUGGCUGGUGGUCCAGUAACUGUUCAAUGGAGCAGAAUCGAAUUUAUUUGAGAAGGGUAUACAGUGAGGGGAAAAAAGUUUGAUCCCCUGCUGAUUUUGUACGUUUGCCCACUGACAAAGAAAUG